UACUGUCAGUUCCUGAAAGGGAAAUUCUUUUACUUUGGAAAACGGAACUUUAUUUUGAAACAGGAAGUUGACUCUCUAAGGUUCUCAUCUGCAGCAGCGACACACAGAACGGGCAGGGUGAGCUGAGAGCACAUGCUGAGUGAGUGGUGGUGCCUGAAGCUGGAAAAGGACUAGAAAAGAGGGAAACAUAAAGUACUGGCCAUCUCCAGGGAAGCUACUGGUUUACAACCUGAUCUGAUCUGACCUGAUCUUCAACUCUCAUGACUGUCUGGCAUCUAAUGUCAAAGUAAAGAGAAGAAAAGGAAAAUAAAGGAUGUUGUCGUCUGAGUUGAUCCAGCUAAAUCUGUAGUUGGCCAAGGCCCUUUUUCAAGUUUUGGGCAGACUUUAAGUUAGAAUCCCAGGAUAACUUGACACUCACCGGUCGUUUAAAGAUCCAAGAGAGGAAACAACAGGACGUGAGCCUGAAAGGUCGGUCAAAAGAACUGACAAUAAGAGGAAGGUGUUGACAAGAAGAUUUUUUUUAAGUCUUGGAGAUUCAAACAGGCUUAAUGAGUUGAUUUCUAAAAUUGGACCAAGAGCUAAAUUCAAACAGAGACUUAAAGAAUACAUAAAGAGAGAAGGACUCAGUUUUGUCCAGGAUAAAUUAACAGAAUGGGAUCUCAGCGAGUUGAUUCAGACGUUUGAAGAACAUGGCAUCAACAAGGAAUCCUUCCUAUGUCUUGAAAAGUCAGACAGGAUGAACAUCUUGAUUAAAAAAAUUGGGCCAAGAGUAAAAUUUCGAAAGAGACUCAGAGACUAUUUACAGGAUCCAUCUCCUUUUCCACCACAUUUGGAGUCUACUUCAGGAUCUGACAGAGAUGACAGAGAUAAAGAUGUGGACCAGGAGAUGAAUGAGGAGCUGAUUUACCCCGGUGCAUCAGUAACUCGGGAACACGGCCUGCUUGCUACCAUUCUCUUCAUUCUGCGUCACCAGCUAACCUCCACAGUGCAGACUGGUUUCAUCGCUCUACUGAACUUUCUCAUCCCGAACCUGCUGGUUGAGUCUCAGCAACUUCCUCACAACAUCCAUGCUGUGUUUUACUGUGAGGGCUGUCAAAACUACUUAGGAAAAAAUCCAACUAGUUGUUUUCACUGUAACACAAUAUGUAAGAACACAAGCAGUUUUCAAAGUGGAAACUUUUUUUUGUUUUCACCCCUGAAAGAUCUUCUAAAAGACCUCCUUGAGAACCAUGGCACUGACUUGUUACCUAAAACCGAAAAUAAACAUGGCCAUGACAUUAAAGAUGUAAAGGAUGGGAUGAUGUACCAGAAUCUCCUAAAACGAGGUAUUCUGGGGGUGGAUGACCUUACACUGACAUGGAACUGUGACGGCGUGCCAAUUUAUGAACCCAGAUUUUCAAUUUGGCCUCUCCAGUUUACAAUUAAUGAACUUCCUUACACACAGAGAACAGAACAUGUGAUGGUAGCGGGACUUUGGUUUGGCCGAGAGAGACCUAACAUGGAUGUGUUGCUAAAGCCUUUUGUAGAUGAAUGUUGUGAUUUGGCCCAGAAUCCAUUCGACUGGAAAGACAGCAGUGGCAAAGUUCGCUCUUCAAAGGUCUUCUCUUUGAUUUGCUCUUCUGACGCUGUGGCGAGGCCACUUCUCCGGAACUGCAAACAGUUCAAUGGAGAACACGGUUGCGACUGGUGCUUACACCCUGGCUUGGUGGUGAAGAAGGGCUCUGGGUCCACGAGGUCGUACCCAUAUGAUGAAAUUAAACAAGCUGCGAGAUCUAAGAUGAUGUUUGAGGACAAUGCUAGAGAAGCAGAGAGCACUGGCUCCCCAGUGAACGGAGUAAAAGGAAGGUCCUUGCUGUCCCCUCUUCCCUUCUUUGACAUUGUUUCGGGAUUUGUACCUGAGUAUGUGCACUCAGUUCUACUUGGUGUGUCCAAACAGCUGAUGUCUCUGUGGUUGGACCCAGUAAACUCAGUGAAAGCGUGGUAUUUAGGUGACAAGACUGAACAAAUGGACUCACGUCUGCACCGUCUAAAGAGACCAACAGAAAUAAGUCAACCCCCACAGUCAGUCAAGUGUUGGGACUUAUGGAAAGCAUCGGAGUGGCGGGCAUUUCUCCUAUUUUAUGCCAUUAGUGUCUUGCCAGGUAUCCUACAUCCAACAUAUGUGACACAUUAUUUAUAUUUGUCCUUCAGUAUCCACAUUCUGCUACAAGAAUCAGUAUCAGAAUAUGACCUGCAGCUGGCCCGUGAGUACUUAAAACGUUAUGUGAAAGACAUGGAGACAUUUUAUGGUGAAGAAAACAUGUCUUUCAACUGUCACCAGCUGAUCCAUCUAGUGGACAGUGUACAGCACUGUGGACCUCUCUGGGCAACAUCAGCCUUCCCCUUUGAGAGAAACAAUAGACAUUUGAGGUGGCUGCUUACAAAUAUUGAUUAUAAUCCGGGACACAUAUACCAGAGGUUUCUCUUCUGGCAGCACAUACCCAGUCACAUAAAUUCUUUGACCUUUAACCAUCAUCUAGAAUUCGGGGAGUUGUUAUCGAAGCUCUUGCCAGAAAAUGACGGAGACAGAUCUUACAAACCCCUUGGAAACUCGCAUCAUCCUGAAAUCACAGGUUCCAUAAAACUAGCAAUAGAGGAACUCUUGAAUCAACCAGUUGUUGUCAGAAGGGCAGAAGCUUUCAAUAGCUUCAAGAAAGGAAACACUGUUUACAGCUCAGCAAACAGCAAAGAGUCAGACAGAGCAGACAGUGUUGUUAGACUCAGAAAUGGCUUCUGUGGAGAAAUGCAUUUAAUGUUACUGUUUAAAGAAAACUGCUGCUGCACAUCCAAGUGUUUGUGCCAAGCUGUACCAAUCAUUGUUGCUCACAUGUAUGACAUCGAACCUGAAGAACGGUUGAAAUAUAUAAAUCAUGAUGAUGCGUCAAAGAUGAUCUUUGUAAGAGUUAAAGGGACAGAACAACCUAAAGCUUUUUAUUUGGAUGAUGUCAGGUGUAAAUGUAUGAAUGUUGACGGUUGGCUUGUACCUUUGCCAAACUCAUAUGAGAGAUAUUAGAGUCUCUGCACAGCUCAGAUGCUGCAGCAUGGGAUGAAGUCUUCAGUUUACUCAACAGUAGAAACGAUGGAAGUUGGCAUUUAAAGCUCAUGUCAGCAAAAAAGAACGACAAUUUUAACAUCUCAUUAUUGUGUGACGUUUUCUUUUCUUUUCUUUUCUUUUUUUUAGAGUAUUUGCACAGUGCAUACUACAGUUAAAUAAGUUUAUGAGUGUUGAUAAAAAAGAAAUGAGAGAAAAGACACUGAUGCAGCAUUUAGUGCUGAGUAAUUAGGUAAAAUGUGUUUUUCUUGCAUGUUUUCACCAGAUAUUUAUCUUUUAUUGAUUAGUUGUGUUAGUUUGUCUGUACUUUAAACUCAUUUAGUGUAUUUGUAAAUAUUCUGUGCAUUUUACAUAAAAGCUGUGGGUCAGUGUGUGAUACUGGUUGACAAUAUAUUUCAGUAGCAUUACGUUACUGUUAACAAACAUAAUGAUGAAGCCCAUUAUUCCCUCGUUCUGAAGGACUUAAUGUGCUGAUAAAGCCUGUGCCAUGUCAUACAAAAGGCAUGUACAAGUUUUACUCCACAUACUAAAAUAAUUUCAUCCAGAAUGAUGUGAGUGAUGUUCUGUUCCUCUCUUGUUCUUCUAUGGUAGAACUGAUGAAGUUAACAGUAAGAAUUGUGUAAAUGAUGAUCUAAGCACAGACCAACAUGAAAUAAAGGAUUUUUUCACAUUGUCA